AUGGGAAACCUUCUUCCAGGAAGAGUGACUCCUGCACGACCAUUUCUUCAUGUGAGCAUCGAUUACGCUGGGCCUAUCUUCAUCAGGACGAGCAAAGGGCGUGGGCACAGCGCUCACAAAGCGUUCAUCGCCGUCUUUGUUUGUUUUAGCUCCAAGGCCGUUCACCUCGAGGCUGUUUCAGCAUACACCACCGACGCGUUUCUGGCUGCUCUCCGUCGCUUCCCAUCUCGCCGAGGACUGUGCACGGACAUCUAUUCCGAUUGCGGCACCAAUUUUUUGGGCGCCGACCGGCAACUUCGAGAGAUGCUCCGAGCCUCCUCGUCAGAAGGACGAAAGAUCGCACACGUCGCUACAUCAGAGGGGAUCUAUUGGCAUUUUAAUCCCCCUUCAGCACCACAUUUUGGUGGACUCUGGGAGGCGGCCGUGAAAUCGGCUAAGUAUCACCUGCGCCGAACCAUCGGCGAAACCAGGCUCACCUUCGAGGAAAUUAGCACCCUGCUCGCACAAGUGGAGGCAUGCCUGAACUCCCGGUCCAUGCAUGCCCUCUCAGACGACUCCGACGAUCUCACAGCUCUGACACCAGAUCACCUGCUCAUCGGGGCACCACUGCUAGUCAUUCCCGAGCCUUCCUUGUCGGACAAGAAGGAAAAUUUGCUUUCCAGGUGGCAACUUGUCCAGCGGAUGCGAGACCACUUCUGGCAGAGAUGGUCACGCGAGUACUUACACACUCUGGCUACCAGACCGAAAUGGACCAAGGACGCUUUGCCACCACGCCUUGGAUCGCUAUGCAUCAUUCGCUCCGAGCUCUCACCACCAAAUAAGUGGCCUCUGGCGCGAAUCACGCAGCUACAUCCUGGAGACGACGGCGUAGUGCUCACAGUCAAAACAGCCUCAUCCGAAUUAAUUCGUCCUUUAGUCAAAUUAGUUCUAUUGCCAGAAGAUGCUACCGCGUUUAUCUCGCACACUAAUGCAUCGAAUGUAAGGGAGAGCUGGAAUUGA